GGACCAAGAAGUUCCGGGAACGGAUGGCGGCUAAGUUCCCUGCCGUGCGGAGGAUGGGGGCCUUCACCUUCAUCGAUAUUGGUAUAAAUCUGACAGAUCCUAUGUUUCAUGGGAUUUAUCGUGGUACUCAAAAGCAUCAAGAUGACUUCCUGGAUGUAGUACAGAGGGCAGCAAAAAUUGGAGUUCAGAAGUUCAUGAUUACAGGAGGCAGUUUGCAAGACAGUACAGAUGCACUGGAACUGGCAAAGACAAGUGAUAUUUUCUACAGUACAGUUGGUUGUCAUCCCACACGGUGUGGUGAAUUUGAGCAGAAUAAUCCAGAGCAGUAUCUGAGUGACCUGAAAACAUUGGCCACAGAAAACAAAGGGAAAGUAGUAGCAAUUGGAGAGUGUGGCUUGGAUUUUGACAGAUUGGAAUUCUGUCCAAAAGAGACUCAAUUAAAAUACUUUGAAAAGCAAUUUGACUUGGCAGAAGCAACUAAAUUACCCAUGUUUCUACACUGCAGAAAUUCACAUCCAGAAUUUUUAGAUAUAGUGAAGAGAAAUCUGGAUAGAUGUGUUGGAGGAGUGGUUCACUCAUUUGAUGGCACGAAAGAAGAAGCAGCUGCCCUUGUAGAAAUGGGCCUCUAUAUUGGAAUCAAUGGCUGCUCUUUAAAAACGGAAUCCAAUCUUGAAGCCAUGAAAUCCAUUCCAAGUGAAAGACUGAUGAUAGAAACUGAUGCACCAUGGUGUGGAGUAAAGAACACUCAUGCAGGUGCUAAAUACGUGAAAACAACCUUUCCAACAAAGAAGAAGUGGGAAGAGGGAUAUUGCCUGAAGGAUAGGAAUGAACCAUGCCAUAUUAUUCAAAUAUUGGAGGUAAUGGCUGCUGUGCGAGAAGAGGACAUGCGUGAACUGAGCAACACCAUGUACAAUAAUACUGUGAAGGUCUUCUUUCCUAACAGCUGAUCACCAGGCAUUAUCAUUCCAGUCUAUUUGUCCUCAACGUGACAAAACUUAACUGGCAGCUGACAGAGCUACUUGGGUACUGUUCCCUAGUUUAUUCUGUUAUUCAAGAUGGAUGUUGAGCUCUAUGCACAAGCCACCAUAGAAUUAAUAUGAAUUUUAACCUUGCCAUUAAGACACUUACUGAAAAAUUUCCUGACCUUGGUAAACUAUCUAUUUAAGCAUAGAAGGGAAAUAGCUUCCCUUUCAUACCCACUUGAAUAAGUCAAAACUUCAAGACAUGUUAUUUUAAGGUAGUUUACUGAAUUUUAAAAAUACCUCAAACAAAAAUAAUUGCAUUUUACAUUGCUGUAUUUUAAAAAUCAAAAUCUUGAUUGCCUACAACUUUAUUGUAAUACAUCCUCUGGUAUGCAGAUCAAUGUUGUUUAAAUGUCCAGCUCCUAUGUAAAGAAUCAAAUGGUCAGUGAUAAAUUAUAAUGGGCUAGCCUAGUUUGGAGCAGGAUGUGUAACAGUGGCUGAAGCAAACAAGGAACAGCAUAACAUUAAUAUGCAAUUUUAGCUAAUCAAUUGUAUAGUCCACACUAGACAUAUUAUGAACUUGAGAUGUAGUGGAGUGUGUUAUAUUGAGCAAGUUUAUUAUAAAAUAGCAUGUUCAUCUAUAUCUGUACAAUGUUCUGGUGCCAAUUCAGGAAAAACACAAAUGGCUGAGCUAAGGAACAAUGUAUUUAUCAUGUUGUAUAAAAUCAAUGUUAAUGACCCAACAAUUUGUCAAAAUAACUUAUGAAAUUGCAAGAAAUGGCAAAGUGUUGGGUUAGUAUGAUCAUUUGUUUGAAAUAAAUAAAAAUGAAGCAUUCUUUUGUGCUUA